AACCACACACCAAUUAAAAAUGAAGUGGCACUUGCCUGGGCCUUCGUCGGUUCUCCGCUGCUCGGGGUUGUCCUCUCUUCACUUAUUCAUUGUGUCUGGGGAGUCGCUGCUGACCUGUAGCUCGGUGGCCCGUGACCUGCUCCUUGUCUUAGCUCUGAAUCGUCUCGUUUAUCCACACCCGGGGUUGGACAGGAUGGGACGGCCGCGCGCAGAGGGACGGGAGGGGUGGGUGAGAGAUACGGUUAUGUCCACAAGCCGAUUACCUCUGGUUAUUGAGAGCUCUUCCCUGCACCCGUGCAGAGACAGACGACAAGCACCGGGCUCACAACAGGACUCCACUCCACUCAGAGAGUAGGAUGAACUUAACAACACUUUUUUGGCAAACUUACUUUUACGUAUUUGCAUCAGAAGUAAUGUAGGCAGUAGGCAUUUCAUUUUCAUUUCAUUUUAGUGUAAUGGAGUCUAGGCUGUAAUUGAAUGACAGCUACAGGAUGUGACUUCUAACUAUUCUUUGUUUUAAGUCUGCGUAAAGCAUCAUAAUUUUAUGUUUUUGGGCUUUAGUUGGUAGCUUAUGUUUUAUGUAGCCCAUAUAAAGUCAAUGCGGCUACUCUACAAAAUUUUAGAUAUAAGUCUAUAGACUAGAGUAGUUAGCUCCUUAUACCACCUUUUUGUUCUUUAUUGUCUUUUAUUUUGUGGAAUUUUUAACCUGUAUUAUCGCAUCAAGAAUAUUUUACUUGAAUUUUAGUCUCAUAAUUUAAGGAUCGAUUAGAUUAGAUAGGCUUUUUUUUUCAAAUUCUUCAUCCUGUAGCCUAAAUGACUGAAUGAAUUAUCCAUUUAUGGGCAUUUAAUCUUGAUUAUGGACACCUGAGAAUUUUUAAGGAGUUAUCAAAAAUUACAAGGUUAUUUUUGCAGUGAAAGCUGUAGAAAAUGUCUAGCCCCUGCAAGAGUCUGGAUGAACACUGUGGUGUUGCUGAGAGUCCCGCUCACAGAGAGACGCCCCGCUAUCGCAGUUGGAGCAGCCUGCGGUUCUCAAGAUGGAGAAGUGGGAGCCAGAGGAGCCCACCUCCCACCCCAUCCCCAAAAGGAGAGAAACGCAGCGAGGUGACCAAAACACUUUUCUCCCUGGUCAAAACACACAAUGAUAACUACACAGCAGACCCAGAUGGCUUACUUGAAACUAACGGAGAAGGGUGCGUUGAAGAGGUCAUCGUUGAAGACCAGGCCAACUACUUCCAGAAGCAGUUUGGGUCCAUGCUGCAGCCAGGGGUCAACAAGUUCUCACUGCGCAUGUUUGGGAGCCACAAAGGGGUUGCAGCUGAGCAAGAGAGGGUCAAGUCUUUUGGAGUGUGGAUAAUUCACCCCUACAGUGACUUCAGGUUUUACUGGGACCUUGUCAUGCUGAUUUUGAUGAUGAGUAACUUGGUGAUAUUGCCAUGGGGAAUCACCUUUUUCGAAGACCAGAACACACCUCCUUGGAUCACAUUUAACGUCCUCUCUGACACUCUAUUCUUGCUAGACUUAAUUUUUAACUUUCGAACGGGUAUUUUGGGAGAGGACAGUCACAUCAUUCUGGACCCUAAGGAGAUCCGCUUGCAUUACCUCCGCACCUGGUUCCUAGUAGACUUUAUUUCUUCAAUUCCGGUGGACUAUAUUUUUCUGAUUGUGGAUCUGGAAAGGUUGUUGGAGUCAACAGACGUGUACCGCACUGCUCGCGCCCUCCGUAUCGUUCGCUUCACCAAAAUCCUCAGCCUUCUGCGGCUACUUCGGCUGUCACGACUGAUUAGAUACAUCCACCAAUGGGAAGAGAUCUUCCACAUGACCUAUGACCUGGCCAGUGCUGUGGUGCGUAUCGCAAACCUGAUUGGGAUGAUGCUGCUGCUGUGCCACUGGGACGGCUGCCUGACCUUCAUGGUGCCUAUGCUUCAGGACUUUCCCCCGGACUGCUGGGUGUCCAAGAACAAUAUGGUGAACUCAACGUGGCAUAUUCAGUACUCCUACGCCCUUUUCAUGGCCAUGAGCCACAUGCUGUGUAUCGGGUACGGUGCUCACCCCCCAGAGGGCAUGAGUGACGUCUGGCUCACCAUGAUCAGUAUGGUUGUCGGGGCAACCUGCUACGCCAUGUUCCUGGGACACGCAACCAACCUGGUCCAAUCCCUGGACUCCUCUCACCGCCAGUAUCAGGAAAAGUACAAGCAAGUGGAGCAGUACAUGUCAUUUCACAAACUGCCAGCAGACGUCAGACAGAGAAUCCAUGACUACUAUGAGCAGCGCUUUCAAGGCAAAAUGUUUGAUGAGGACAGCAUCCUCGGAGAGCUCAGUGACCCUCUGAAGGAGGAAAUUGUCAGUUAUAAUUGUCGUGGGCUGGUUGCCAACAUGCCCUUGUUUGCCAACACAGACCCACACUUUGUGACAGUGAUCCUGACAAAACUUAGGUUUGAGGUGUUUCAGCCUGGAGACUAUAUCAUCCGUGAAGGGACACUCGGUCGGAAAAUGUACUUCAUUCAGCACGGCGCUGUCACAGUCAUGCCACGAGGCACUAAGGAGAUUAAGCUCAAUGAUGGAGCGUAUUUUGGGGAGAUCUGCUUGCUGACACAAGGGCGGCGCACGGCCAGUGUGCGAGCAGACACAUACUGCAGACUGUACUCUCUGAGUGUGGACAGUUUUAACGAGGUGCUAGAAGAGCACCCUCUGAUGAGACGAGCCUUUGAAAGUGUUGCUGUGGACCGACUGGGACGAGUCAUAGCCAAAACCAGGAACCAGUCUGCCCCGACAGAGUGACAUGGAGCGAAACAAUAGACAAUCAAAUAUGGCAUUCAUCAAACUUGUCCUGGAAUGCAAACAAUAUACAGACUGAAGCUUUAGUGCUGAAUAAGGAAACAUGAUUAAGAUCCUCUGCUCAAUUUCUGUUUCUAACACAUGCAGUUGCAUAAAUAAUUAAUUGACUGUUCAUUGUUAGAUCUAGCCCUUUGCUAAAACAUCUCGGGUUGUUGGCAGAAAAUAAUUUCUCUAAUGUAUUUUGUGGUUCAUUUUAAAAUACCUUAAAAGGCAUUUUCCACAGAUUGGACACAAGAGGUGAAUGAUCGCACCAGCUGGAUAAUAUAUCGGCUUUAUGUAGCACUGAUUUAACUCUGCAGGUUGCAUCAAGUCUAGGUUUAAUACUGGUGUUCACAGAGGAUAAGCUGCUCUGAUGUAAUAACUCCAACUGUACAGAAAUGGGCUUUACUGUGCAUCAAUUUCCAUAUAUGUGGCAUUCAUAUUUAAAUUUUAAUAAAACAAGCUAGAG